CUCACUCCCCUGGCAACUGGUUAGCGAGCGAUAACGCCGGUCAGCCGUCCGCAUGAAUCAUCAGAUUGAAACUGCGUUUCGAUUAAGCUUGGAAAUUGAAGGCAGACACUUCAGUGUUCCUGAGGGGCUCCGAGGAUUACAGAAAACUUGCGAGUGGCGCUGGAGAUCAUGGGCUGGAACAUUCUUCCAGCUGAAGUGAGUCACCUCACAGAAAUAGCCCGUUUCCUCGGUUGCAGAGAGCUUCAGAUGAUCUGCCGGUUCCUCAGGGAAACCCACAAAGGGAGGCUUUAAACUCCACAGCGAAAUAUCCCCCAGAUGUGACGCCGAGGGGAAGACGGUGACCUGGAGAUUUAUCCCGGGAAACGCCGGCAGGAGGGGUCCAUCCCGAGUUGCAGUCUGUCCCAGAGCUCCCGGGGCCUGCGCUGAGGUCCCACCCGUUCCGAGCCACCGCCUUGGAGUUCCGCCGCAGACGAUGGUGUGAUAGAGCCCUCCACCGGCUACCCAAGGGGCCCGCAGGAUGGAGCUCCCCCUCGAAGCCGAGGUAGCCCUCCCGACGCCCAGUGCCCCCAAUGCCUCAGAGGCCGCCAGCGAGGCCCUGGCCCCCGACGCCAUCCUCCUGUCCUCCGUCUACGUGCUGGUAUGCUGCGUGGGGGUCCUGGGCAACUCCAUGGUCAUUUACGUGGUGCUGAGGCACGCCGGCAUGAAGACGGCCACUAACAUCUACAUCCUGAACCUGGCGGUGGCCGACGAGCUCUUCAUGGGCAGCGUGCCGUUCCUGGCCACGGCCGCCGCCCUGCGCCACUGGCCCUUCGGCCCGCUGGCCUGUCGCCUGGUCCUCAGCAUCGACGGCAUCAACAUGUUCACCAGCGUCUUCUGCCUGACCGUGCUGAGCGUGGACCGCUACCUGGCCGUGGUGCACCCCAUCCGGGCGGCCUCCUACCGCCGGCUGCCGGUGGCCAAGGCCGUCAACCUCCUGGUCUGGGCGCUCUCGCUGCUGGUGAUCGCCCCCAUCGCGGUCUUCGCCGACACCCAGAAGACGGAGGGCGGCGAGGUGGUCUGCAAUCUCCUCUGGCCCAGGAGGUCCUGGUCCAAGGUCUUCGUGGUCUACACCUUCCUGGUGGGCUUCCUGCUGCCCGUGACGGCCAUCAGCCUCUGCUACCUGCUGAUCGUGGUGAAGAUGCGGGCGGUGGGCCUCCGGGCCGGCUGGCUGCACCGCCGGCAGUCCGAGAGGAGGAUCACGCGGAUGGUGGUGCUGGUGGUGGCCGUGUUCGCCGUCUGCUGGACGCCCUUCUACGCCGUCCAGCUCUCCAGCGUCUUCUGGUCGCCGCCCGACCCCACCCUGGCGCAGCUGGUGGUCAUCCUGAGCUACGCCAACAGCGGCGCCAACCCCGUCCUCUACGGCUUCGUGUCCGACAACUUCCGCCGGGCCUUCCGCAGGCUCCUCUGCCUCCAGUGCGCGGGCCAGCGGCGCGGGCGCGAGGGGAGGGCGAACAGGGAGGGAGAGGCGGGUGAGGGGUGGGGGGAGGAGGGCGAGCGGGAGGCCGCCGACCACGGCGCCCUUGCUCUCAAGCCCAGAGCGCGGCUCCCCGACGCCGGCCAGCAGGACUAUGACAAGGCCUGCCCGAAUGGGACGUGCACCUCGCGGACCACCGCUCUGUGA